GAGCCAAUGCUAAGAGACGAAAGAAAUGCUGUUUGUUUUGGUUACGAUUUGUUAUCGAUAGGAGCACUCCGAGGUAAAAUGAUCAAUCAGUUCAUAAGGAUUCUUCUCCCGUAUACUGGAUAUGGAGCUUUCGAAAUCGUAGCACUUCCAUAUUGCCCACAGACUUUCAGCAUUCCACUCACCCCAAUACACUCAGAAACUAAACUGAAUGUAACUAACACUGCUAAAAACGUUUCUAAUCUUGAAGCCGUUAUCUCCAAAAUGUCUCAGACGAUACAAUCAAAACUAGAUUUAAAUAAUAGGAGUACUGAUCAUUUCAACGUUAUUAUUUAUUUUGACUCAUCUGUAAAUAUUAUCACACCUAAUAUCAUUGAAGAAAUCGGUAAAUUGAGAAAACUUAAUUGUAAAAUAUUUUUAGUCAAUAUUGGAUAUAAUCUUAUGCCACAACAUCUCAUAUUAAAAUCUUUAAAUUGUCAUAUACUUCAAGUCCCAACAUACGAAGACAUGUUAAUCAAGGCCAGAAAUACACCAUUUUAUUUUAGACCAUUACUAAAUCUAUCUUAAUAAAUAUUCAUAAUUGAUAA